AUGACAGGUUCGAAACCGCUGGGCAAGAUUGCCAUUAUUGGUGGUGGCAUUAGUGGUGUAACUCUUGCAAUCGCUCUCCUCGACCGCGGACUCGAUGUCGAUAUCUUCGAACAGGCCGCUCGAUUCGGCGAAAUUGGCGCAGGUGUAGCUUUCAACCCCGCCGCUGCAAGGGCAAUGAAAAUCUGCUCGCAAAGCGUCUACACAGCAUUCGAGAAAGUGGCCACUAGAAACCAGGGCGAGGACAAGCGAUCGGUGUGGUUUGACUGGGUCGAUGGCCACAAUGACACCGAAGUCGGAAAGCAGGAAUAUGCUUUUAGCAUCAGCAACGAGUUCGGAGCCAAUGCAGUACAUCGAGCACAUUUCUUGGAUGAAUUGGUCAAACAUGUGCCUGGUGGGGUGACCCAUUUCGGAAAGCAUCUGGACUCAAUCGACGAGCUUGAAGACGGAAAGCUGAAGCUGAAGUUCCAUGAUGGAACGGAUGCUACAGCCGAUGCAGUCUAUACACACAAGUACGCCUACCGUGGCUUGAUUCCCAUGGAAAGGGCAAGAAAGGAACUCGGUGAUGAUCUAGCUCAGAACGCAAAAAUGCACAUGGGACAGGACGGUCAUGUUCUCACAUUCCCCGUCAACAAGGGAGCAACUAUGAACGUGGUUGCGUUCAAGGUUGAUGCAGGCCAAUGGCCGUCAGACACCAAACUCACCUUACCUUCGGAGAAAUCGCACGUCCUCAAAGACUUCAAAGAUUUUGGCGCCACCGUCCACAAAAUCAUCGACAUGCUAGAGCCAAACCUUGACUGCUGGGCUAUCUACGAUACCGGUGAUCAUCCAAUGCCUUAUUACAACAAGGGCCGUGUGGUUGUUGUUGGUGACGCUGGCCAUGCCACUUCUCCGCAUCAUGGAAAUCCCACUGAUUCUGAAUUUAUUGAUNNAGGAGCUGGUGCUGGCAUGUGCAUCGAAGAUGCAGCAGUCAUGGCAGAACUUCUAAACGAUCCCAGAGUCGCUGAGGCUGGCCACAAAGGAUUUGAUGCUGCGUUUCAAGCUUACAGCGAGCAAAGACUGGAGAGAACACAAUGGCUCGUCCAGAGUUCGCGACGCUCGGGGGAUCUUUAUGAGUGGAGAGCUGGAGGUGUUGGUCGAGACCUCAGGAAGAUCGAGGAGGAGUGUCGAGAGCGAGAUGAAAAGUUGUGGAAUGGUCAGGUCAAGGAGUACAUCGAAGAGGCCAAGACGCUUUUGGGCAAGCACCUCAAGCAGCAGACAAUUCAUGGAUAG